GAGCCGAGGGGCCCGAAGAGAGGCAGCGCGGGGGGAGAGAGCAGCCCUCGGUGUUCUGGGUGGGCUCCGGGCCCUGCUCGUCGUCCGAUGUUCUCACCCUGAGUCAGUGAAUCAUCUCCACAUUUAUUUUACUUCUGAUAUCACCUCGGAGGCAGAAAACAUAUUUUGACACUGAAAUCCCUGUAACCAAGUCUCACAUUCCUUUAUUUUCCAAAAUAAGAUCUGGAAGCAUGUACUUACCCAUUUGCUCACGUCAGGUUAUUCACUCCCGAUUUCUGCCACUUCUCUCACACUGCCAGAAAUUCAGAUACAUUUUCAGAGCACUUGAAGUGAUUUAGGGGAAGGAAAGUGAAGGGAAGGGAAACCUUGAGGAACCUUGAUGGUCCCUUUCCCUUUCCUUCUCUUCCCAUCCCUUUCUCUCCCUUCCUCUUCCUCUCCAUUCCUCCUCUUUCCUCUCUUUUCCUUGCCCCUUCUCCCUCCCCUCUUAUUAUUUUUUUUAAAUGAGCACCUUGCUGUCCUAGUAUUUCAAGCAGGAAGCAGAGCUGUGUAAGGUGACCAUCAAAAGCCCUGCUCAGAGGAAUUAGAUCAAGAACACAGAGACUAAACAAAUGGAAAAAAUCACUCAUGUGGAAGCUCUGAUGUUUGGUGCUGUGCUGGAGAGCUGUGUGGAUCAGCUUACAAUUAUUGGAUACAUCAUGCCAGUUCCACCUUCAGACAAGGCAGACAUCAACCUUGAAACGAAAGUAGUGAUCCAGGAGGAGCUGGGUAUCAACUUCCCAGAGCUUAUGGCAGCAAAGCAAGAGAGUGGGCAAACAGUCCUGGAAAACACUGAACAAGAGCAGCAGCAGGGGAAAACUGAAGAUCACAAAAGAUCUUCCAAAACCCCCAAGAAACACAUCACACGGGCUCUAGAGAAGCUCAAAAAAAUCUAUGCUGACAGGCAGUAUGCAAGUGAUGUAAUCACAGUCACUAUUAAAAAGAUGGAAGAAUUGGGAACAUUUAGUAGCCUAACAGAUGCUAAUGAGAGAGAGAAGGCAAGAAAGGGCAAGUUUUAUGACAUCCUCGUCAGGGAGGAAAAAGGAAAGAAGGACAUAAAGGCACUCCAGAAACAGCUGCAAGAAGUCAAGAAACAAACUGGUCAAGACCUUCAGAGACGAGAAAAAGUUAUUGAUGGCCUUAAAGAUAAGCUUCAAGAGAUCACGGCCAAAGUGGACACAGAGAGCAACUACCUGAAGAAAAACUCAGAUCUCCAGAUCCAACUAACCCAGAAAAAGUGCAGCAGUGCAGAGAAUGCCCUGGAGAAGGAGAUCCAGAAUUUGAAGAGCAAAAUUGAUGAGGAGAUUCAGCUUCACACAGAGACUGAAGAUUUCCUCAUGCAAGAGUAUCAGAAGGUGAAAGAGAGGCUGGAAUACUGGAUAGACAAGUAUCAAAAAGACACUGCUGCAAAAGAUCAAGAACUGGAUGAUCUAAGAGCAUUAAAGGCCGAGAACUUGGAAACAAUGCAGAGAUUUGCCAAGGAGUGCCUGACAUUCCAGACAACCAUCAUCAUUGACCGGACAGACAAGGAGACCAAGAAGAAACAAAGAGAGCGGGAAGCCCUGGAGCUGAGGAGUGCUGUGAAGGUGCAGGCCUGGUGGAAAGGUACAAUGGUCCGCAGAUUCCUCGGCCCCUACCAGAAGCUUGAGAAGUAUUUGAAGGGAAUAGGAGAGAAGGAAACAGGCAAGGAAAAAUCUGGAGCAAAGAAGAAAAAAGCUAAGUAAAGAAAGUCGCCACAGAUGUGCUCCAGGACUGCUGCUGGGCAGGGCACUGUGGUAUGUCUGACAGGACAAAAUAAACCAUGUAACAGAGCUUAGGCAAUUUUGGAGAAUGCAGUUCCUGCAGACACAGUUAUGGUGAAGCUGCACUAAAGAUCUUAAAGCUGCCCUUGUUCAGCCUUUUUUCCCCAGCAGAAAGGGGAUUUGCAUCACAACAGUGAGAAACACUACAUCCCCUGCAAAGAGCUUUAUGGAAACAAGACAGUGGGAGGCAAUCUGUUACCAGCCCAGUAACUCAGCAGUGUGGGAUGCUCUGCACCCAGAACCUCCUCUGCUGCCCCCAAAGCACUGGCUGCGGCUCUGGGUUAGGUGGGGAGGCUGAGGCAGCCCCAGCUGGGCUCUCUCUGUGCUCUCCAUGCCUCCAGUGCUGGCAUCAGGUCAGCAGGGAGAACAUGGGCAAGCUGCAGUGUAAACACAAGUGCAGUCAGAGCAUGCAGGUUUCCAUUGCCACAGUCCUGCACAGUGUCAGUGCACAGACAGAACAGCUCCAUGUACCUUCUGACCAAGGAGAAAACAAGGAGCUGUGGACAUAUGAGCAAAGGAUUCUGUACAAAAUCAGUCUCUGAGAAGGCUAAAAAUACCUAAGAAAAACCUUCUGAUGUGGCUGCAAAAUAUCUGUAAAAAUACUGUGAUUUUCCUGUCCUGGUUAACGAUGAAAAAUAGAAAAUCAAAGCAGGUCCAUCUAAUGCGAACUGGGAUGAUGUGAAAGGGGAAUAAACACCUGACACAGAGGAUGGGACGUUUGUUGGUGCAACAGAAAAACAGCAAGAAGAAAUACUGCAAUUCAUGUAAGUUUUAAAACUUUAUUUAAAAUACCCAUGGUUUCCUUUUAUAUUACCAAUGUGCUAGAAGUUCACACUACUGGCAGAAUACAGGCGAUUUAAAAUAUACAAUAUUCAGACACAUUUAUAUGUAACAGAAAUGAUGGAAUGUAUUUACAGACAUACAGCAUGGGAUGAAGCUUUAAAAUCCUUUACUCUAUUACUUACACGUUUACACUGUUUUCAGAAAUAACAAAAUUAGAUCACUUUGUAGAACAUCACAAUAUCUAUACAAAAGAAUUUUCUGAUGUCCAAAUUCACCUUACAAGUCCUCUGUUUCUAAAACAGUUUUUCAAAGAACCAUUUAUAGUCAUAAAGGGGUAAGAAUACCAUUUGCCAUCCUGCUGCUACCAAGAACAAGAGAGGUGCCCUGGUGCUGUGCAGAGUUGUCCCUGGUGGAUUUAAGCAGGGGGCAGGGCCUUUACAAAAACCUUUCCUUCUAAGGGGAACCCCCAGCUGCUCUGCCCUGGCCCCCAGGGCCAUCAGGGGCUCCUGAGUGCCUGGGCUGCUGCACCUGGAGUGUGUGACCUUGCAGAGCCUCAGGCAGUGCCCAGGGCUUGCCAGGUUUGAGGAUGGAGUGUGGCACCAUGGCGUCAGUGCAGGAACACCAGCAGCACAGAACACUGAGGUGGAUCCCUCCCACAUCCUCCAGCACAAAUGCCCCAAAGAGGAAAGAGCAUCUCUUCUUUGCUUUAACACACAGAAUAGAACUUUAUACAUGUUUUCUUUCAAAUACUCUUUUCAUGGGCUACAACAAAAAUUGCACAUAACUACACUGAAAAAUCCCAACCCAUUUUGCAAGAGACAACUGAAGUGGGUUUGGUAUAACACAUUAAAUAAACCGCAUGAUGAAACUUCAGGUUUGGAUCUUUGUCCAAAAAGCAUCUGGACAAGGUUUGGUGCUCGCCAGCCUGAAAACCUAAGAUUACAAAUGUCAAACUAACACAAUUACCUACACUGAAACUCCAGAGUGAAUGUUGCUCACAACAAAGUCCCUGGUGCCAGGGACCUUCUGCCUGCCUGGCCUCAGCCACAGGUGGCCAUGAGCCACACAUGGCAAUAGGAAAUGGCUCUUUCUUGCAGGCCACACUCAAGCCCCCACCCCAAUAAAAACUACUGUUAAUUAAAUGACAAAAUUUCCACCAACCUGAAUACUGUUAAGUUUCACUUUCCUUAAGUGCUGGAGCAAUCACCACACCCUUGCAGUUCAUGAAGGGAAUGGUUUUCUUCAGACAGGGGUAUUUAAACAGCCCAUGAUGGGUGUGCUGGUAAAUGCAACUGUCCCUGUAACAACAGGUGACCCAAUGUUGGACACCAAGAUGAAUUCAGUGCCUCCCUCCCUCUCAAAUUAUGUGCAGAGACAAACACAGCAGGAACACUCUGACUGUGUCUGUGGUGCUGCCUGUGAGUGGCAGCAUCUUCCUCCCAGCAAACUGCAGCAGACACUUCAGACACCUCUGUGUAACCCUGUGGGAAUGACCAAGGUUCCUCACCAAUGGCAUCAAAUGAAACACAAAAAUCACUUAAGGGGGUGAGAAUGCCUGUGUGGAGCUGCUCUUCCUGUGGGUACUGUGAGUUCCUGGCACCUCCAUUCCCUGCAGGGCUCAGGGUGCUGCAUUUGCCCAACAUGAGGAGGUUUCUCUUUGCAGCUGGGCACUCUUGAACACCUCCCAGGUGUUCUUCACUUGAAAUGUGACCAAUGCCAGUAAGAAGCAACUGGAAUAAUUAUGAGAAAUAGGGGAGUCAGCAAUCACCACAACAGCCCUUGAAAGAAAUACAUGAAGCAAAACAAAAUGGAAACAAAACUGCAACUCAAAAGGGAAAAUGCAGCUAAGACCAGUCCUUGGCACUCCCACAGCAGGUUCUACUUCUACAAAAAUGACUUCUAGCUAAUUUGUUUCCAUUUCUUCUUCCUUUAUCUGCAUAAAAUCCUCUCAGUGUAUUCUGCUUCAAAUAUAUCACAGACAGAAUAUGGCUGAUGCCUGGAGUUGCUUUAAGACCAUGUACCAUGUAUUAGUAGCAUUAUGUUCAGGGACAAAGGAACCACAUAGGUGGAAACUGGAUUGUCUGAGGCCUUCUGGGGGGGCAAGGGGGAAAAGAAUUGUUAAUUGGUCUGGUAGCGAGCUUGGCCUUGUCACUAGGACCAGAGCAUAGAGACCUGUCUUUAUUUUGCACAUCAGCUUUCCAGGAAAAUGCAAAAUUUGUCAGCUGCCUCUCCCACUUCUGUACUGUGAAUUUCCAUUAUUAUGUUAUGGAAAGAGGAAUCAAGUAACAGCAGUUCUGUAAAACCAGCACAUCUCUCUACAUAAACUCCAACUAAUAAAAGGCUUUAUUGAAAGCUUUGUCUAACCCUUCAGGGCUGCCUUAGCACAGAGCUGCUCUGACAACAAGCCAGCCCACCUGGGGAACUUGAGAACUGUGCUCUUAACAUGAUCCAUGCUGUGCCUGCAGGGGAUGCUUCGGCCCCUCGUAAUUGUGUUAGCUGGGAGACUUCUAAUGACCAGCAGGGCAGGCUGGCACUGUUCCCACUGCAGGGAAAUGCACGGGAUUCUGGUGAUCCCACAAAACCACCAGAAGGGGAUGUGAGGACAGGGGAACCUCCCUCCACUGCUGUUGGAAAAGAGUUCAGAUAAAGACAUGUUAAAACCCAAACAGAAAGUGAACCCAGCAAGAAUGCUGAUGGGAUUAAUCCCAUUUGAACAGAUCUGACUUAGUAUCUUUUACUAAGGUGUUUCUGGCAGAGAAAACAUGCAGUAAU